AUGAAGGAUACCAACGACGACACCAGUGAUCGAAUUGACUUUUCGAGGCUGGGCUUUGAAAUAGCGGUCCCUGCGUCCGACGAAAGCUCCCAUGCCCACCAUGAACCAGAGCAGCGAGGAGAAGGAUCCCUCUACAGGCAGCACAGCUCCAAACAAACACAUAGUCAGAAAGAUGAUGAAGAGUGCCUUGGAUAUUCCAUUGUUGCUGCUGAUAAUGUCAGCUGUGUGAGCUUUGACAGCUACGUCGACGAUCUCAGUGACGAUGAGAGUUACGUCCCUCCUCGACGAAACAUGCCCACCAAAUCGUAUCCUCGCCGCACAAGUUAUCGCUGCGCUCGAUCGGAUAGCCAAGGGCAAAUAACCAGUGCUGAUUUGGGCUAUGAACCAGCUACUACGACUAGUCAUCAGCACCCAUCUCCGGCUGACUUGGGCUAUGGCGAAGAAGCAGCACCCUCGCGGCCGGGCUACGGUGAAGAUACGUCUCCAAUCCGACGGCUCUCCAUGGGUCGACCCGUCAGCAACCGCCGGUCCAUGAAACUAGGUGGUGAACAGAGGCGUCUUACCAAUGACUCCAUGAUCUCGAGUCGGUUCAGCCGUCGUCGAUCCACUUGCAGCGGUACCACCAACUCGUCAAUGACAAGCGGCAAGAUGAGACGGGCUCACAACAAGGGGCGCAGUAUCUCUCAACGAGAACGCAUGGUCAACCGAAGUGCGGCUCGUCGCCUCAGUCGAAAACCUACUGCUCAGGUCCCCGUCGCUGCAACUUGCGGCGGAGGCAACACCGCAGCACAACAGACGCUCCAGGAUUUGGGAUGCUCCGAGCUCUUUCUCGAUCCCCGCCGUCGCAUGCCCCGAAAAGUAUCAUUGGAAUAUGGCAACGAUUGCGGCUCGGUUAGCAAAUGUCAUCAGCCUCGAUGCGUCUCACUAGAGUUUGAUAACUCCUCCAUGUCGAGCGGAGGCGCCCUCAUGCCCCGCCGCGUCUCCCUCAAGUACGAUCAACGAGCCGAAGACGAAGAGAGCUGCCGCGUCUUGAGACGGCGUGGAUCCCUCGAUUACUCCGUCGGCACAUCCUGUCUGCCGCGAAGAGGUUCCAUGGGUAUUGCAUCCGCACACGACCAUAACCCUGAUGGCACUUGCAGAGACAAGACGAGUCGAAGGCGAGCAUCUUGUGGACGCAACCAAACCUACUUUACUGACACUUCUACUGGCAACGGUCGUCGUGGUUCUGGUUGCAGCGGCUGCACUCCGCCACGCCAGAACAGUAACAACAGCAAGGACACAAGGAUAUCCCGCCGCUCCUCCAUUGCUCACAUUCCGCGAAAGCAAAUCAAGAAUGGUACCAACAACAAAGAUAGUAGCACCAGCCCCAAGCGCACCUCACAGGGAUCUGUUCUGGGUGGACAUCGGCUACGCCUCCAGAACGUUGGCGCUGUUGAGUACUUGACCAGGGAGUCCAUGGUGGGACGGUCCGCAUAA